AUGAAUGCUCCAGCUUCUUUUGAAUCCUUUCUUCUAGUUGAAGGCGAAAAGAAAGUUUUUAUUGAGAAGGAUACUCAUGUUCCUAAUGCGGCUGUUUUCACGUUAAACCGAGAAGACCAUACAUUGGGCAACAUGAUUACUCGACAGCUUUUAAAGGAUCCUCGUGUUCUUUUUGCCGGUUAUAAAAUUCCUCAUCCUUUAGAGCAUCGUGUUGUAAUUCGCGUCCAAACGACAUCCGCAGUUACUCCAGCUGAAGUUUUCUCCUCUGCUAUCAGAGAUUUGGUUAGUGAAAUAUCCAGCAUCGAAGAGCAAUUUCGGUCGACUAUCAAAUAG